AUGGUAAGAAUUAGAUCUACUGUUGAGCAAGCGGCAACAGCUAGAAGAAGUAAAAGAAUUGCCGAACGAAUAAGAGGUGAAAUUCAUGAGCAAUUAGAGGAAGGAGAAAGAACAAAUCAAAGAAAUGAUGUUCCGAAUGGACUACAACAUACACAAGAGCAGAAUAAUGAUAUUGAUUAUGAUAGACGCGAUGGGAGACGCACAGUAAAUGACCGAUACGAAAAGCCACAUGAGCAUCGUCGCAGACAAGAAGAUCAAAGGAACAAUAGACUUCAAGAUGCAACCGAACGUCAUCGUACUCGUUACGCAUCAGAUAAUGAUGGAGAAUAUGAUCCGGAACAAGGUAUAAUUCUAUUACAUGGUAGACAAAUGUUGAGGGAUCAAUAUGCACGCGAACAAGAGGAAGAGAGAAACAACGCUGUUCGCGAACGUGCGAGAUUUCAACGAGAAAGACGUCGAAGAAGAAGAGAAGAAACUGAAGAAAGAGAGAUUGAAGAGGCUAUACGUCAGAAUAAUCAUGAGAAUAGAUUAAGACAAUCCAGAUUAAAAAGACCUAUGCAACAAGAUUUAGACCAAACUAUGAGCGAAUAA